UUGCGCCAAGCUGAUUAAUUCAUACUCAUACUUCAUUCGUUUCGUACCUAUUUAAUUAUUGUGUAUUUAAUCAACUUGAAGUUUAUCCAUCCAUGUUCAUAAUUUUAAAGUAUAAUUAAAAACGUACCUAGUGGUUAUAUUCUCUUUGAAUACAAUAAAAUAGCUACCUAUACAUAAUGGGUGAUGUAGGAGGGCAAAAAAAGCAAUUCAACAAGAAUAAAUUAAAGAAAACCAUUAAAAAUGUUCUCUGUCGGCCAGAUCAUGAUAUAUGGCCUGAAAUAUCUGAGGUUCAUAAAAUUUCAUUAGAGAUGGCAAUAAGUAAGUAUAAAUUAGUACUACCAAUGUUUAGAAAACCACAAUGGAAAGAAUUGAAGAUGGUUCCUAAAGAAAAUCGUCCUAAGUGGCCAAAAUUUCAGAAGGUGGAUGGCCUUUUGUUUGGUAUUAGAGAAUGCUGUAGUGCUAUUGAAAGUAAACAAUGCACUGCAGUCAUGAUAGAAUCUGCCAUCAAUCCCAGAUUAAUAGUGCAGCCUGUAAUAGAAGUUUGUCAGCAACAGCAAGUACCAUUUAUUUGCUGUCCUAAUUUGCGCAAAACUACUGAAAUUAACUUUGGCAUUCCAACUAGUUGUUUGGGUAUAAAACUUAACAGUUUGCAAGAUCUCACAGAUACUGUACUUAAGAUCGCAAAAGACUAUGCAGUGUUAAAAAAUUGCUCUUUAGGAGAGGAAAAAAUGGAAGUAAAUGUAACUGGUAUUUCUGUAAAGAAUGUAACAAACUCUACAGCUAAUUGUGACUUAGUAAAUUUGGUGUGUCCUUAUUUAUAUAGAUCUAAUAAAAAUACAAGAAUAUUUGUACCUGACAAAGCAGUGACAUCAGGAAAGUUAAGCAAGGACUUUGUUGGACAGAGUUAUAUAGAAUUUUCUAAUAAACUGAGUACCAAAAAGCCUACUAGAAACUCUUUCAAGAAUAUGAUGGUAAAGCGAAUUACAAACAAUCCUUUUAGGGGUGAAUUAAAUAAGAAGCAUUACAAAAAAUAAAAUCACAUUCGAGGAUAAAGAUGUUUUAUUUUAUCUAAAAUUAAUAUCUAAAAUGUCAAAAAAGACAUGUAUCAUUUUAUUCAUUCCACAAGGAAUGCAAUAAUUAGGAGUCAGUUGUACUUUGAGAUACAUGAAAAUAUAACCAAUUGGUCAAGGUGUAUCAAAGGGUCUUACAAAGGAGCCCAGUCAGCUGGGAUGUCAAGUUAUGUAUGUAUCUCAAAAAACUUCUGACCAUUGUAAUCAAAUUUUACCAAAUUAUAAUUCUUGAACACUUAUAAUAUUCAGUUGUAAUUUGUAAGCAUUGGUAAAACUUGAUUGAUAAUUAUGCUAAAUUAAUAAUGCCAUACACAGUUUAUUAUUAAGUAUAGCAUACUAGUAGAUAUAAUGUAUCUUACAUUUCAAUUGAUGCAUUGCAUUAAUUUUUAACCAGUUCAAUUUAAUAAAAAUCAAACAAUAAGUGUCUAUAUUACACUCAUAAUCAAGAUGUCUUAAGUCAAUAUUAUUUCUUGCCAUUGUUAUA